AUGCGAGUCUACCUUGGUCAACAGGCCAUGGACGGACAUCACCGAACGGGGCCGCCGUCUCCCCUCGGGACCUCAGCACUCGAUGACGCGGGCAUAUCGGCCUUCGGCAGGGUAUCGGGCCAGUCACCGCCGGGCCAUGGCCCAUAUGUGGGAAACCAGACGGCUUUCCUCGCUCAGGAAAUGCAGGGUCGCGAGCCCGCGCGAAUUAGCUCGAGGAUACCCACCUCCGGUCUGAUGCUCGUUGGGAGACUUGGUUACACCACGAGCAAGACUGCAUCCGCGUCGCUGCUCGCCGAGCCGUGUCUCGGCACUCAACAUCGUAUCUGGUGGAGGGGUCAUGGAGGGUUCUAUCCACUCAUUAUCGUGUCAAAGCAGAGUGCAAUGAGCGUCCGCGGACCACAGGCUCCCCCUCCUCAGUCGGGUGUCUAG